AUGGCAACAAAUCCACACUACACACGUCCGAUGCGCAGUCAUGGUGGUUCUUCUAGGGACGACGUCCUAAAUGAACCAGAUUGGGCUAUAACCCACACCCACCGAAUUGGGUUUCGCGAUCGCGAUGAUCGCCAUCCAGCUUACACACAUAUUGGAGAUGACUGGAAUCCGGAGCAGGAGCGGGAAUUUUUAGCUCAGGCAAAGCAAGAAGCCGAGGAGCUUAGCAAGAAGCUGGGAGAACACGAUCUGAUCAACGUUCGCGAUUAUAUGGAGAAGCAAGAGGACUAUCAUUUGAGGUUACCUCAGAAACACCCGCCGGGCUGGCGCUACGUGCUUCACACUACGGAGGAUUUCAUAAAGUACCAGCAGGACUGGCCUGUCAACGUGAAGAGACGUCAGCGGGAGGAAGGAAAUGAGAGGAAUCAGAAGGGGAAUGAAAACGAUAAACAGACACCACAAAAGGAACACGAGUGGAGAAGGGGCCGUGGCGAGAAUGAGACGCACAACGAAGCACAUGCCACAGACCAACAAUACCACCAUGAUGACAGCGAGGGGAGGGAGAAAGAUCAGGAAAAAGGUCCACAGGACAAGUACUCACCACAAGAGUUAUCUUUACUGCGCCUAUUACAGUCGGAGAGCGAUUACAUAAAGACACUGAAAGAGAAUGAUGGCAACAUCAAGUCCCCAGGCAAUUUACCGAAAGAGCAGGAGAUAUCUAUUAACGAGGAUGACCAAUUCACUCCCGACAAUUGGAUUCCCCGAUCUUCCUACCUCAUCCGCCUAACCGGUAAACAUCCGCUCAAUGGCGAGCCACAACUGCAAGCCCUCUACGAAGCGGGUCUCAUCACCCCAAAUUCACUACAUUAUGUUCGCAACCAUGGUCCUGUGCCUCAUCUUCUGUGGGAAACCCACCAACUUGAUAUAGAGGGCGGAAAGCUGGUCUUAUCGAUGGACGAUCUCGCAAGCAACUAUAAAACUAUCAACAUUGCGGUAGCAAUGGCAUGCGACGGGAACCGGAGGAAAGAGUUAAAUAUGAUAAGACGCUCCAAAGGUUUUAAUUGGGGUGCUGGAGCCAUUAGUUGUGCGUUCUGGAAAGGCCCUCUGCUGCGCGAUGUGCUUCUAGCCGCUGGUAUCCAGAGCCCUGAUCCUCUCCACGAAAAGCGUCUACGUUGGGUCCAUUUUGAAGGCGCUGAUGACCUCAGAGAGGCUAAGUACGCGACAUCCAUUCCAUUGGAAUAUGUGAUGGACUCCGAAAACGACGUGAUUUUGGCAUACGAAAUGAAUGAUGUGCGAUUGCCACCAGACCAUGGUUAUCCAGUCCGCCUAAUAGUCCCCGGCUAUGUCGGUGGGCGUUGUGUCAAAUGGCUCCAGAGGAUCUGGGUCUCUGACAAGGAGAACGAUAGCCAUUUUCAUAUUUGGGACAACAGGGUGCUACCUAGUUUUAUUCGGGAUAAAGACUCAGAGUUUUCACAGGUGAUGUUCCAUCACCCAAGUACAGCUUGCAACGAACAGAACCUCAACUCAAUUAUCGUAAAACCUGGACAUGGCGAGACGAUUCCUUUGUCUGAUGUGAAUAGUAAUCGGACAUAUCGUAUAGCAGGUAUUGCGUACGAUGGUGGCGGUCAUGAAGUCCAGAGAGUGGAAGUCAGUCUUGACGGUGGGAAAAGUUGGUUAUACUGUGUCCGCAAGUUCCCCGACUACCCCGUCCGCCAUGGAAACAAAUUUUGGACAUGGCUCCAUUGGUAUGUGGAUGUAUCAUUGCCGCAUCUUGUUCGAGCCGAGAGCAUCAUCGUCCGGUGCUUCAAUGUUUUCAAGAAUACACAGCCGGAGGCGCCGACAUGGAAUAUUAUGGGAAUGAUGAACAAUUGCCGGUACAUCGUCCGUCCAGAGAUUUUAGACGACGAAGGAAACUGCUCGGUGCUGUACUUCCGACAUCCCUGUGAGCCCGGUACAGGGGCGGGAGGCUGGAUGAGGCCCUCGACAGAGAAUCGCAUCGAGAGUAUCAAGCACGAGGCGGCAUCACCGCAAAAGCAAUUCACACGUGAGGAGAUUGAAAAGCAUAACAAGGAAAAUGACUGCUGGAUUAUUAUCAAUGGCAAGGUCUACGAUGCGACAAGGGUGCUAGAUUGGCAUCCUGGUGGCAAGGCACCUAUCAUGGCACACGCGGGUAGGGCACAUCCCGAUACCACAGAUGAAUUCGAGAGUAUUCAUGAUGACUACGCAGAGCAGAAGCUGAGCGAAUGCGUCCUCGGUGUUGUUACCGAGAAGGCAAUUGGGUUCAUCAAGAAGCAGGCCGAAGACGCGGCCAAAGAAAAAGCCAACUCCUCAAAUAAGAGCUUACAGACUGUAUUUAACCGUCAUCGGUGGAAUGUCGUUCGCUUUGGGGGAAAGGAGCAGCUUUCUGAGGACACUCGUCGAUAUACUUUCGUGCUUCCAGCGUAUACCAAAAAGCUCGGUCUCGGCACCUGCCAGCAUCUUCAACUGGGCUUCCAUUUCAGUGAUCGACUUGUCAUCAGGCCAUACACACCCACGAGGCCAAUUUUCGAGAGAGAAGAAGAUGGCACAUUUGACCUUGUCGUCAAGACAUACGCCCCAGAUCAAUCCCAGCCAGGCGGAACGAUGAGCAACAUCCUCGACUGUCUGCGUCCUGGUGAGGAAGUUGAAGUCAAGGGGCCUUCGGGCGAGAUCAGGUACAUCGGCCAAGGUAAGUUCAUGAUCGACGACAAAGGAUAUCACUUCCACAAUGUGAGUCUUGUCUUGGGAGGAUCCGGUAUCACCCCCGGGUACCAGCUUAUCUCACGUAUCCUACGUGCCAAGGAUCAGGGUAUAGAAGAGGACAAGACAAAUCUCAAGGUCAUCAAUGCGAACAAGACCGAAGACGAUAUACUAUUGAGGGAUGAAUUGGAAAGAUUUGCCGAGGAGCAUCCGGAUCAAUUAAAGAUCACUCAUGUUCUGUCGAAUCCAAAUGAUAAUUGGAGAGGAAAGAAGGGUCAUGUUUCCAAGGACAUUCUACAGAAAUAUGCAUUUGGACCCGAGAAAGGGAAUCUGGCGCUGCUUUGUGGUCCUCCGGCUAUGGUUCAGAAGGCUGUGCUUCCGGCACUUCGGGAGAUUGGGUACAAGGAGGAUGAAAAUUUGUUUGGAUUUUAA